ACUGUCCUGUUAGUUUGAGUUAAUUAUUGUGUUGUUUUACUUUAUUUGCCUUAGUUUAUGCAUUAUUGUUGUGCGCUACUAAAUUUUAACAGUAACAAGAGCAAUGGUGUCAGGAUGAACAGAAGCCGAUGCUUGAACUAAAGCUCGUCAGUUCAGUGCUUCAUUUAGUAUCAACACAAGUGGGCAGAUUCAAUGAGCCCACUUGCGGUAAUCGGUCGCUUCAGACGAGGAUGUCCUCGAAGAGAACUCGUCAUCUUCGUCGUUGUGCAGGUGUUGCUGGGGCUGUUGUUCUUUCAUCUCUACGGCGAGCAUUACCUGCCUGAAGUUAUCGAAAAAUUACAACGUAAUUCUCCAUUAGUAGCUUUCGACGCCUCAAGAGUUGACCAACUUGACCAUGAUUCAAAUGAGAAAGAAUAUGAUCACAAAUCAUCCACAUAUAAAACAGCUUCAGAAGGUGACACUGGUUCACACAAGCUGGAUUUGAUGUCAACUUUAACUCUCGUUGAUGUAACCAGCAAAAACAACUUGCCAGCACGGCACAUGGCUGACGAGGAUAAACUUGCAAAUAAGAACAGGGAGCCGAGCGCAGCGCCAGCGUCCGUAUCAGAAAACACUACCGACUUCCAUCUAGAAAAUAGAAGCAAAAUGAUAUUCAACAAUGAACAAACCUACACUUUGAAAGACGAUAACAACCAGUACUUCGUUACGAUGUCUCCCAAACUGAUAUGCUAUGGUGAAGGAACAGAUCUGGAAAAAAUGAAAACGAUAGUUAACGCCAGCUCUUGUUUAUGCAAGCAAAGAUAUUACGGCGCUGAUUGUGGUCUUCCAGAUGCCAUUUGGAACAGCCCUUACGGCCAAACAAACAACCAUGACAACCUUAAAAGAAGACAGGUACCGAGGAGGGUCAUUAACGGGCUGCCACUUCUCAACGAAGUCGCUUUACUCGAAGCUCGGGUCAACGAUCUGGCUGGCGCCGUCGAUCUAUUUCUGCUAGCUGAGUCGAAUUAUUCUGCUCACGGGGAUCCUAAGAAACUGUACAUCAAGCAAAAGUUAGAAGAUGGAUUUUUGCGGGAAUUUCAUCACCAAAUUUUACAUGUUUUUGUAGGUUUCUUUCCCACGCGCGGUAAGACAGACAACUGGUACGCUGAUCAAUAUUUGAGGGUCUACAUGGGCAAAAUGGGCAUCCCUCGGAUAUCUGGAAUCCGCGAUGACGAUCUUUUCAUCUUGAACGACGCUGACGAAAUGCCCUCAAGAGAAGUGGUGAUGUUCCUCAAGCUCUACGACGGAUACACAGAGCCCGUGGCCCUGGCCUUAAGAUGGUCCAUUUACGGUUUCUUCUUCAAAAACUUGGCUGCUGAAAAUGCCGUAACGCGGCUUUUGAAUAACAGGAAAGAACUCACCACCACUGUCAGCGCCGUGGCCACGAUGGGACUCGUUACGAAGGUGCUUGAAAAUGAUCCAUUUAUGAUUCGCGGCAGAUUAACGAACGCAAAAUCUGAGCUUCUUGCUGCGUAUAACAGGCAGUAUCCAGGGCUGGUGAAUUUGUGGACGGCUGGAGGAGUGGACCAUUACUGCGGCUGGCACUGCUCUUGGUGCUUCAGCCCCGAGGGGAUAGUGCUAAAGCUGGACUCGGCCCAGGCUGGUGACAAGCCUCGGUGGGGGGACUACCCCGAGAAACAUGACCUCGCCUACCUUGCCGACCUCAUCAAAUAUGGCGGAUGGUUCGACGGGUCGCACAACACGAAGUUGGUUCCACCUGAUGAAGUUUUUUACGCUCCACCUUUUCUACUUAAGCAUGCCACGCGUUUCCAGUCCAUCCUGAUCCAUCCUGCGCAGAGGGAAACAUUCCCCAAUUCCUCCGCCUUUAUUGACGAUCUCUUGACGAGACAGUAGCUGAAGUGAGAAUUAGACAACCACUUCGCUGUGAUUAGUUCAACUCUGUGAUCUGUAGCUUAAGAGAAACAAAAGACGAACAGUUAGUCUCGUCUUUAUGUCAUGGGUUGACUAGCAGGUGAACCCAGGGCCGUUCGAUAUGUUCCAUGAGCUGUUGAAGGGUCGUUUGAUAUAUGCCAUGAGCUGUUGAAGUAUCGUUUGAUAUUUUUCAUGAGCUGUUGAAGUAUCGUUUGA